UUAUUGAGAUUAUUUUUAGGUUAACUUGAGACAAGUCAAGAUUGUGAGUUUUGUGAUUUACAAUAGUGUAUUUAAAAUUAUUUUUAAUCUUCUACUAAUUUGAAUAUCGUAAUUUUUCUAAUAUUUUACUUUCAAUAUUGAAGAAUUUUUAUUUUUUCCAACUUUCUGAUCAUUAAUAAUUGAUAUUGAGAAAUUUUCCGAAAUGGCCGGUACAUCAAGCGAUCAAUCGAAGAUCGCUCAAAAAACAUGGGAAAUGACAAAUAACGUUGAAACUAUUAGUACAGUUGACGAAAUUUAUAGAUAUGAUCGAAAAGAACAACAAGAUAUUCUUGCUGCAAAACCAUGGGAAAAAGAUCCACAUUUUUUUAAAGAUAUAAAAAUUUCUGCAUUGGCACUUCUGAAGAUGGUAAUGCACGCUCGUUCCGGAGGAACUUUAGAAGUUAUGGGACUUUUACUUGGAAAAGUAGCAGCUAACACAAUGGUGGUAAUGGAUUCAUUUGCUCUACCCGUCGAAGGAACAGAAACCAGAGUUAAUGCUCAAGCACAAGCCUACGAGUACAUGACAGCGUACAUUGAAGCUGCGAAACAAGUUGGAAGACAAGAAAACGCCAUUGGUUGGUAUCACAGUCAUCCAGGAUACGGUUGUUGGCUUUCUGGAAUUGACGUUUCUACCCAAAUGCUUAAUCAAAAUUUCCAAGAGCCUUUCGUUGCCAUUGUCAUUGAUCCUGUGAGAACUAUAUCUGCUGGAAAAGUUUGCUUGGGUGCAUUCAGAACUUAUCCAAAGGGUUAUAAGCCAGCAAAUGAAGAACCUUCUGAAUACCAAACAAUUCCAUUAAACAAAAUCGAAGACUUUGGCGUACACUGCAAACAGUACUAUUCCUUAGAAGUAACUUACUUUAAAUCAUCUCUAGAUAGAAGAUUAUUAGAUUCUUUAUGGAACAAAUAUUGGGUCAACACAUUGAGUUCCUCGAGUCUUUUGACCAAUGCCGACUAUACAACUGGACAAAUAUUUGAUUUGUCAGAAAAAUUGGAACAAUCAGAAGCUGCAUUGGGCAGAGGAUUUGUUGUUGGUGGAAUUGAACCACAUGACAGAACAACUGUUGAAAAACUCGUAAAGGCAACACGCGACAGUUGUAAAACAACAAUUGAAGUUAUUCACGGCCUAAUGGCUCAAAUAAUUAAGGAUCGACUAUUUAAUCGUGUUGGAGUCAACAGCAUGGAAAGUUAACAUCGUUUAGGAAAAAAAAAUCAUUUUUAAUAAUUCUAAUCCCCUAAUUUAUAAGGUAUAUUAAAAUAAAAAAAAACGAAAAAAAUUAUAAUAAUUCUUUUGAAUAUAUGUUAAUGUAAGUGUUCAUUAAUAUAAUAAAUCGAUACUUUGAUAUGAA